UUGGCGCGCUUGAGCAGAAGCGCUCCAUCAUGGAUGCUGAGAAGGAGUCGGAUUGUGAACGCACACAAACGGAAGAACAGAUGGAAAAAGAGAAGUCAGAAGAUAAAGCUCCGGUGAAAGGUUCCAGCAGCGGUUAUGAACUACCGUGGGUGGAAAAAUACCGACCGCUCCAACUGAGCGAUAUCGUGGGGAACGAGGAUACGGUCAGCCGGUUACAGGUGUUCGCCAGAGAGGGAAAUGUCCCCAAUAUCAUCAUCGCAGGUCCUCCAGGCACAGGAAAAACCACCAGUAUCCUCUGUUUAGCCAGAGCGCUGCUGGGCCCUGCCAUGAAAGACGCUGUGCUGGAGCUGAACGCCUCCAACGAUAGGGGCAUCGAUGUGGUGAGAAACAAGAUCAAGAUGUUUGCCCAGCAGAAGGUCACUCUGCCCAAAGGAAGACACAAGGUCAUCAUUCUGGAUGAGGCAGACAGUAUGACAGAUGGGGCUCAGCAGGCCCUGAGGAGAAUAAUGGAGAUCUACUCUAAGACCACACGCUUCGCUCUAGCCUGUAACGCCUCAGAUAAGAUCAUUGAGCCCAUCCAGUCUCGCUGUGCCGUGCUGCGCUACACCAAACUGAGUGAUGCGCAGAUCCUGGCCAGGCUGCAGGAGGUGGUCGCGGCGGAGAGGUUGGAGGUGUCUAAUGAUGGGCUGGAAGCCGUCAUCUUCACCGCCCAGGGAGACAUGAGGCAGGCACUGAACAACCUCCAGUCCACCAACUCUGGCUUUGGCUUCAUCAGCAGCGAAAACGUGUUUAAGGUGUGUGACGAGCCACACCCUCUGCUGGUAAAAAGCAUGCUGGGACAUUGCGUGGAGGCCAACAUUGAUGCGGCAUAUAAAGUGGUGGAGCAGCUGUGGUCUCUGGGCUACUCUCCAGAAGACAUCAUCGGUAACAUCUUCAGGGUCUGUAAGACCUACCAGAUGCCAGAGUACCUCAAGCUGGAGUUUAUAAAGGAAAUUGGUUACACCCACAUGCGUGUGGUGGAGGGUGUGAACUCUCUGUUGCAGAUGGCCGGUCUGCUGGGUCGACUCUGCAGUAAGACAGCUCCUUCUGCUGUCUCCUGAUCCACCAGGAGCCCUCCGAUUUCCCUCCACAGCGCCCGUCUUUCCUGUCACCUGUCUCUUAGUGUAAAAUAAACACGCCUGCAUGUUAGUGCUCAAGUGUUGAGUACUGCUGUGAGCUUAGUGUGUGUCAGAUAAAUCCUUUUCUCUUUCAGUGAAAGAGUUCCUGUGUAAAAACUUGGUGGAAUAUUGAAGAGACCAUUCAUCUUCCAAAAUGUCCAUAAGAACAUGUAAAUAUAACUGCAUGAAACAACUUUUCAGUUACUCACAGAUUACAUUAGCUUUCCACUUCCUCGCUGCAUCUGCUGAGUCUUACAGGGUCUUUCGGUCGUAAGCCAAUGUUCAGGAGGCUAAAUGACACGACCGGUUCAUCUGUUGAUCCAGACUCAGGCUGUUAUGUAUGUAUGGUUAAUCUGUGAUACUAGCUAGCUAACUCAGGCUGUUACGUAUGUAUGGUUAAUCUGUCAUGCUAGCUAGUGUUUAUAUGGCUAAUCUGUGAUACUAGCUAGCUAACGGUUCCCUGUAUGAGCCAGGAUUGAUCACAUCCAUGUAUGCUGGUGUGACUUGCUGUGUCGUGUUGGAAAAACACACCGAAGUUCUACACGUCUGGAAACUGAUCAAAGUUUAUAAAGUUGAGAUCUGAUCAACACAAGGCGCUGCCAUGUAGCCUUUACAGUGAACUGUACUCUAAAGUUGGCUUACUGAACCUUCUCAUUGUCUCAGCUGGUUUUGACCUGAUGUUUUUAAUAACUGGUCGUCUUAAAAUACACGUUAACAAGUGUCCCCAUCUUCAUAUUUGAAAUAAAUUUACUC